CACGUGUGCCGUGUUCCCCCGCAGGCCCGGUGCCGGUUCCCGUGCCCGUUCCCGGUUCCCUCGUAGGCCCGCUGCCCGCGGCGCGUCCCCGGCACGAUGUCUCGAAGAUAUGACUCCAGAACUACCAUAUUUUCUCCUGAAGGUCGCCUGUACCAGGUGGAGUAUGCCAUGGAAGCCAUCGGACACGCAGGCACCUGCCUGGGAAUUCUGGCCAACGACGGAGUCCUGCUGGCGGCAGAGAGACGCAACAUCCACAAGCUGCUCGAUGAGGUGUUCUUCUCAGAGAAAAUCUACAAACUGAACGAGGACAUGGCUUGCAGUGUGGCAGGAAUCACUUCAGAUGCCAAUGUUCUAACAAACGAGCUCAGACUGAUUGCACAGAGGUAUUUGUUACAAUAUCAAGAGCCCAUUCCUUGUGAACAACUGGUAACAGCGCUGUGUGAUAUCAAGCAGGCUUACACACAGUUUGGAGGAAAACGCCCUUUUGGUGUGUCGUUGCUCUAUAUUGGCUGGGAUAAGCAUUAUGGAUUUCAGCUGUACCAGAGUGAUCCCAGUGGAAAUUAUGGAGGCUGGAAAGCUACGUGCAUUGGGAAUAACAGCGCUGCAGCCGUGUCAAUGCUAAAGCAGGACUACAAGGAAGGAGAAAUGACCUUAAAGACCGCGCUGGCACUGGCCAUCAAGGUCCUGAACAAAACCAUGGACGUCAGCAAGCUCUCUGCAGAGAAAGUUGAAAUUGCAACACUGACGAGAGAGAACGGAAAGACAGUGAUAAGGGUUCUGAAGCAGAAGGAGGUGGAACAAUUGAUUAAGCAACAUGAGGAGGAGGAGGCGAAAGCUGAACGUGAAAAGAAGGAAAAGGAACAAAAAGAGAAGGAGAAAUAGAGUAUGAAAUCAAGUGUUCUCUAGAUAAUAAAGGACCUGCUUCAGUAAAAGAUAAUCUGGAUUUCUGUCUAGUAGAAGCCAUGGAGGACCCAGAAUUACUUUUGAUGAACCAGGUCCUUAAUCAUCAUUUAGAUAAUUAGUUUACCGCUCCUUACAUUGACCAAUAAUUGCUUUAAUUCUUGAACACUCUAUUUCUUUCAUCUUCUAUUUUUUUUUUUAAUGGAAUAAAAUUUAAGAAGAAUA